GAAAUACAUGUUGCCUCUACAUACCAUAUAUGGUCAUAUCCUGCUGUUAGAUCGAGCAUUGAAAUGUAAAACGCAGCAGCCUUUUGAUCAGAAGAGUUUGUUUCAUAUAUUGCUAGAAUACUUGGUUUCAGACGAACGGUUUCUCUCUGAGUUUCAACCGCUGUGUAAAGAAGAAUUUCGCCAGAACAACAGCUUCCUGUUGCCGUGAAUGACAACCAUCUGAAAUCGUGUCAUAUUCCGUGAACAUUGAGGAUAUCGAAUUUACUUUCGUGUAGCAAUUUAACCCAGACGAUUUUAUGUAAAAGUAAACAGCGCUUGGUUACUGUCGAAGUAUGGCUGCAAUAUUCUGUGUUUUGGAACAAAUCUAAAAUGUGAAAUUGCUUGUUUAAAGCGCCUGUGUGCUCUAGCAGGGAAGCUUUAUAUUUCGCCAACUGUUCAACGACAAAGAGCUUUCAAAGACGAAGAACUAUCAUUUUCUGUACAAUCGUCGACUUCAAUACAAACAUUGGAAAGUGUUCGACAAUUGCUACAGCAUUCGGAAUGUUCAGUAUUAUUAAUUAAUUUGCUACAAUGGAUAAUUGUUUUAUUGAUGAAGGUUACUCAGGAGUUUUUACUCAGCAUAUGGUCUUGUCACCCAUUAAUGUGGGUGCCCAUGAGAAAAUACAUCCAUCUCAGAAUGAUAUUAGGGUAAAAUUUGAGUACAAGGGUGAGAAAAGAAUUAUCCCUGUGUCUCGUCCGGUUCUCUUGGACGAUAUCAAGAGGAGGAUAAGAAAUGCCUACGGACAUGACCUGACCAUGAGUUAUAUCAACAAUGACAUCACAAUACCUAUAAAGAAACAAAUGGAUUUGGACAAUGCUGUUGCCUUGCUGGACUUCAGUCCACAGCUAACCAGUCUGCGGAUAUAUCUUUCUAAUGAGGCGGGAGGGAAUUUGAGCCUGGUGAAGAACAACAAAUCGUUCAAAUACAGUCAUAGUAAUAACAAUGGUUUUUGGGGAGAGAGGAAUUCCAGACGAAGAUUGCCAAGGUCCAACUCUGACACCCUACCUCCCUCCUCGUAUGUAGCUCACGAUCCCCUUAAUACCCCCAUUCUGAUAUCAUCAAAUUUUGGUCAUCACAGACAUUCCUCAAGCAUCUCAUUAGGCUCCAAGGUCAGGCAUUCGCCACCCCCUGGUUUUGUGCCUGAUCCAGAUUUCAGAGAGAACCACCCUUUUGUUUUCACCAAGAGUGAAGGUGAAUUCGUUCCUGAAAGAGACGGCGUUGGUGUACAGGAUGGUCGAAUAUUUGAUCCACUAACGGAAGGAUUGAAUCAGGGUCACAUUUUAUCCAGUCCAAGUUUAGGAGGCUCGUUAAACGAGUCCAAUUCUUCCUUGCAAUCAUUUGGAAGUUAUGGAGACGUCUGCAAACCAUUCAAAAGAUCGCGACAGGGAUACGAUCAACCGUUUGCGAGCUUCUCCGAUGAGAUAGAUUUCCUCACAGAUUCGUUGGGUUCAAACGAUAGCAAGGCUGGAACUUUUCCAAGAAGACAUCACACGAUUGCUUGGUCCAAAUCAGGUUUUGCGGACGGUUAUCAAACAUUCCCUCGUAUUCGAAAGCCUCUUCCAUUUUCCUCUGGCGCUAUGGCGUCUGGUAUCACCAGUGCAAGUAGCAGCAGCAGUGGUCUCGUACCAGAUAUUGAAGAUAGACCUGGCGCUCAAUAUCAAAAUGUGCCAAAACAUUGGAAGUUGGGUAAACUCCUUGGAACGGGUGCGUUUGGUCAGGUUUUUCUGUGUCAUGAUACGGAGAAUGGGCGAGAGUUGGCUGUGAAACAGAUCGAGACAGGAAUAACAACCUCAGCGCAACAAAAGGAAAUAAAUUCUCUUGAAGUGGAUAUCGAGCUGCUGAAGAGCAUUCAUCACGAGGCCAUAGUCUCUUACUUCGGAACUCAGCAGAGCGAUACGAGAAUAUGGAUAUUUAUGGAGUACAUGCCGGGGGGUUCAAUCUAUGAUCAUAUUAAGACACACGGCCCGCUAUCAGAGAGCCUUACCUGUCGGUAUGCAAGACAAAUCUUGGAAGGUGUUUCAUAUCUUCAUUCAUACACGAUCAUACAUCGUGAUAUUAAAGGAGCGAAUAUUUUGAGAGAUACGAAUGGAAAUGUAAAACUAGCUGACUUUGGGGCCUCGAAACGACUACAGACGAUAAGCAGUAUGACCGGCUUCAAAUCUGUUCAUGGAACACCUUACUGGAUGGCGCCAGAAGUGAUCAAUGGAGCAGGUUAUGGCAGAAAGGCGGAUGUAUGGAGUAUAGGGUGCACUGUGGUGGAAAUGUUGACUGGAAAACCACCAUGGGCUGAGUUCGAACCAAUGGCAGCACUUUUCAAGAUCGCCACUCAGGAAACAGAACCAGACUUAAUGGAAGAAACGUCGAGCGGUGCUCGAGACUUUAUUAGAAGGACCCUUAUAAAGGAUCCUAAUUCAAGACCCAGAGCUGUAGAUCUGCUCUCACACACAUUUAUCCAAGAUUAUCCACCCACGUGAUAUUUCCUGGAAAUUUAGCAAAGCUAAAUAAUUUGGCACGAUAAGUAUAUAUAUGCAUUGUGUCUAUAAACUCUGAUGCUACAGUCUGAUCAUUAUUGUCUGCCUUUAGCUAUUAUUGAACAAGUUCUCUUGAUUGGAUUCUGUUAAGAUUCCUAGAUUACGAUAAAAAUUCCUAGAACUGUUUGGAAUUAAGUUUGGUCAAGAGCUUUAACAAAGCUAAGGUCAGGAUUUCAAUUUAAUAUCCUGGGCAAACGAUCACUGUAGCACCAUCUUGUUUGUUACACGACAAAAAAAUAUGUACAUAUGAAUAUUUUGAUAUUUUUGUAAAUAGAAAUUCCCUGAUAGGUCUUGUACAUAACGCAUAAUGAUUCAGUUAAGAUAAUCGUAAAUUAUUUUGAUUCAUUCAACGAAUUUAUCCAAGCAAAUGUGCUUUGUCUGGUUAGGUAGGUAACUCAAAGUUUUUCCAUAACCAGGAAAAUAAGUACUCUUAAAAACAAGACCGAGACAUAAAACCAAGUUUUUAAGUGUGUUUUUCAGAAUUCAGAAGAACGUAAAUUAUUAGUUUUCUACUAUGAAAUAUUCCUAUGCUAAUUGUAGCAUAAACUGCUUGGGUAAAAUCUUUCGUUAAACGAACUUACAAUAAUACUAAAGCUUCACGUACAUCAUAAGACGUUUGCUUUCACUAAAAACAAUGUAAAUGCCGCAUUACGACACAAAGUUUCCUCUUUUCAUUUGUUUUUCUUGGGAAAUGUGCGUCGUAAUGACGAGAAUCAUUGCUUUGUGAAUUCAUGAUUGAAAGAGAAAAUAGAAAAUGAUUGUAGAAGAAAUAGUUUUGUACCGAAUUAAAAUAAUAAAAUCUCUCGA